AUGUCGGAAUUCGUCCUUGUGGACCCUCGCGGAUGGGAGUAUGACUUGGCCUCUGUUUAUUCCGCAUAUAUGGGCUAUUUCGAAUCCCACAACAUUGCUUGGUAUGAACGGUCUUGGGGGCAUCUGUUUUCUAGUUUCGAAGAAUUCGUCGCAUUUUCGUGGCCCGUCAUUACUGUCACCGACGUUUGGACAGGUAAAGCGCACAUUGUUACUCGCCUUACUUCUAUCGGCGCGUUUUUGAAGAUGAUAAAAACGCGGUUUGGCGAAACCCUCCCCCAAGCCCCCAAUAUUCUUCAAGUAACGCCAUUCGAAACAUCGUCUCGUCACCUCCGAACCGUUUCUGAUUAUGCGACCUAUAAGAAACUUCAUUCGACUCUGCCUGCCACAAUUCUCUCUGCUUUGAAACUGCGUGUACGCGCUGGCGAACCGAAAGCCAUCCAGCAGCUUUGGGCAUCGCGUGAUCAUACUUUCUUGGCCAUCGAUUUUGAAUGGAGUGAGAGGAACGAGAAAAGCUGUUUGGAGUGGGGAUACGCCGCAGUCCGGUGCGGAGUAUGUUAUUUCUAUUCGUCUGAACAUAUUUUGAUGUUUUUCCACAGCAUCUUGAAGCGUACGUUGUUACUCUUUCUUUUGACACUGAUCAUAUACCUCAACUCGAGUGUUGGUCACUGGCCGCCUAUUCCCGAUGCAAACUACCGCAAAGGGCAUUAUAUCGUAGGCGACUAUGUUGACAAAGUCGUUAACAAACAUUGCCCUACUCAUCCGUGGCAAUAUUCUUUUGGCGAAAGUCAAGUAUGCCCCAAGGGAAAGCUACCACAGAUCAUCCAGGCCGUGAUCAGUAGUCUUUCCAGCCCAGACUCUGAGACGGUUCCAAAUACACUUGUUCUGGUUGGGCAUGGGAUACACGGAGAUCUGACACGCAUGGAGGAGAUGAAGUUGCGACUUCCACAUAAUAUGCUUAUUGUGGACACGGCGGUAUUCGAGCGUGCGCUGUUUGCUGCCGGUCAUCGGGGGGCUAUGGUUGACCCCCAUGGAUCAACGCCCGGUAAUACCAAGGGGCGUUCAUCAGGCUCGACGCUCAGUCUCGAAAACCUUCUACGGUCUCUUCCCGCACCAGCUCCAACAACAGGCCAGCCACCUAAUCCGGCCGCCAAUUUUACGCAACAAGCAACUGGCCCGGGGUUAUUUCCGCAGCUCGGUGCCAUGAUUCCAGGUGUGUUGAUGCACAAUUCUGGCAAUGACGCGUUUUUGUGUCUCUACGCCUUGCAACUGCUUUUGCAACCAGACGGAGUUGAAGCGCCAGCUCCCAAAAAGGUAGCCCGGCCUAUUUCGUGGUCGGCCCCUGUCUCUAUGGGUUAUUUAUCAACACCGACGGGCACCGGAGGGCUCGCAGCAGACUUUUCUGCGAUGACAAUUCAUGCUGCAAGACACCGCUCUCACUCACCCGCACCAAUGCUCGCUGUCAACAACACGAGUAAGAGCUCACGAAGAGCGAGUCUGCAACCGACAGGGGACGGAUGGUCUGCUCGCCGUGGAUAG